CGGCGGAGGCCGAUGGGUUGCGGGCGGCCGCGCUCGGCGCCGGCAGCGGCACCGGGAGCCGGACCCCGCGGCGGGGGCUGAGGACGGCGGCGGAGCGCAGGGAGCCCCGGGGGAUGCCCCGCUGCGGGCGCGGACACUGAGGCUGCCGGCGCGGUGCAUGGCAGAGCCAUGGAGGUGGUGGACGAGACGGAGGCUCUGCAGCGCUUCUUUGAAGGCCACGACAUUAAUGGAGCUCUGGAACCAUCGAACAUCGACACCAGCAUCCUGGAAGAGUACAUCAGCAAGGAGGACUCACCCGAUAUCUGCUUCCCUGACAUCCCUGCUUCAGCCAGCUAUGCACACCCCCAGCCCUCCAGCUCAACCACCAUCAACGCGCCUCUUCCCAGCUCCAUCGCCAAUGGGACCAACCCCACUUCCAGUGGUUCCCUCCACCUUCCACCCCCGGGCAGUCAGAUCCCAAUGCGGCAUGGUCCUCUCCUGGCCAACCCUUGUGGACCGGGCUACGGUGCUCACCUCAACUGCAAUAACAACAAUGGCAUGGUGGUCCCCAAGGGUUACCUUGGUGGCCACUGCCUGAACAACGUGGUCCCUCCAAUCAAAUCAGAGCCCAAGGCUUCCUACGCACCUGGCACUUUGCCUGACUCUCCCCCGGACUCUGGAUCAGAAGCUUACUCCCCUCAGCAGGUGAAUGAUCCUCACCUCCUCCGGACCAUGACCCCCGAGAACAUGUGCCACAUGACUCCCCCUUCUCGCCUGGAGCAUCCUCCUCCUCCUCCUCCUCCUCCUCCACCACCACCACCCCAUCUCCCAGGCCCUCCUCCUCCUCCUCCUCACCCGCACCAGCAGCAGCACACCCCGCACUACCCCAGCCUGCAGCGGGACAUGUACAUGAAGGCUGAGCCCCUGCUGCCACCGUAUGGCAUCGGGCAGGGGAUGGCUCCUGCUGACCUCCACCAUGCCCAGCAGUCGCAGAUGCUGCACCAGCUUCUCCAGCAACACGGAGCAGACCUCCCGGUGCAUCCCGCCAAGAAGAGGAAACACUCUGAGUCUCCCCCCAACACCCUCAAUGCCCAGAUGCUCAACGGGCUGAUAAAGCAGGAGCCAGGGAUGGGGUCGGUGCCACUGAACCCUGAUAGAGUCCAAACACCUCCCUGGCACCAGCCAGGAGCGCUCUCGCCAGGCCUGAUCCAAGAUAACGACAGCUUGAACGGCUCCUACUUGGAUCCCAACUACCAGUCUAUAAAGUGGCAGCCGCAUCAACAGAACAAGUGGGCAACUCUGUAUGAUGCCAACUACAAGGAACUCCCGAUGCUCACGUACCGCGUGGAUGCUGACAAAGGGUUCAACUUCUCUGUGGGUGACGAUGCCUUUGUGUGCCAGAAGAAGAAUCACUUCCAGGUCACGGUCUACAUCGGCAUGCUUGGAGAUCCGAAGUAUGUGAAGACCCCCGAGGGCCUGAAACCCUUAGAGUGCUUCUACCUGAAGCUGCACGGAGUGAAGCUAGAGGCCUUGAACCAGUCGAUCAACAUAGAGCAGUCGCAGUCUGACCGCAGCAAACGGCCCUUCAACCCCGUGACGGUCACCCUGCCUCCAGAGCAGGUCACCAAAGUCACCGUGGGGCGGCUGCACUUCAGCGAGACCACAGCCAACAACAUGAGGAAGAAAGGCAAACCCAACCCGGACCAGAGGUACUUCAUGCUCGUGGUAGCCUUGCAGGCACACGCACAGAACCAGAACUACACGCUGGCUGCCCACAUUUCAGAGCGCAUCAUUGUCAGGGCCUCCAACCCUGGCCAGUUUGAGAGUGACAGCGACGUGCUUUGGCAGCGGGCACAGCUCCCUGACACCGUGUUCCACCACGGCCGGGUCGGCAUCAACACGGACCGCCCCGAUGAAGCCCUCGUGGUCCAUGGCAAUGUGAAGGUCAUGGGCUCGCUGAUGCACCCUUCAGAUGCCCGCGUGAAGGAGGACAUCCAGGAGGUGGACACCACAGAGCAGCUGAAAAGGAUCUCCCGGAUGCGGCUGGUGCAUUACAACUACAAGCCUGAGUUUGCCGCCACAGUGGGCAUUGAGAACACCUCUGAGACAGGUGUCAUUGCUCAGGAGGUGAAGGAGAUCCUCCCUGAAGCUGUGAAGGACACCGGGGACCUGGUCUUUUCCAAUGGGAAGACCCUUGAGAACUUCUUGGUGGUGAACAAGGAGCGCAUCUUCAUGGAGAACGUGGGAGCUGUGAAGGAGCUGUGCAAGCUGACAGACAACCUGGAGACCCGCAUCGAUGAGCUGGAGAGGUGGAGCCACAAGCUGGCCAAGCUGAAGCGCUUGGACAGCAUGAAGUCAACCGUGAGCUCCGGGGCAUUCAGCCAAACUGGAAGCCAGUUCAGCCGUGCGGGAAGCGUGCCCCACAAAAAGAGGCCCCACAAAGUAGCCAGCAAGUCACCAUCAGUUGUCCCAGAGCAGGCCUGCAUCAGCCAGCGCUUCCUGCAGGGCACCAUCAUCGCCCUCGUCAUCAUCAUGGCGUUCAGUGUGGUGUCCAUGUCCACGCUCUACGUGCUGAGCUUGCGCAGUGAAGAGGACCUUGUGGAUAUUGAUGGCUCCUUUGCUGUGCCCACUGCCUGUCUCCUGGCCCUCUUUCGGUACAGGGGUCCUGUGGUCCCGGUCGCUCUGUGUCCACGGUCAAGCCAGAACCUUGAUAAAACACAGACAGUGAGAUCCACAGCUGCAUCCGGUGGAGCCGGCAGCAGGAUCCCCACGCACCACGCCACAGAGGACACACAUGACCUGCUCCUCGGCUCACCUGCUCCCAGCGUGUCAGCCUGCUUCAGCCCACCCUGCUUCUCCACGUGCUGCUCUGCUGCUCCCACCAACGCCUCCUCUGUUACCCUCUCUGAGACCAGCCCCACUCAUGCCACCAACCGGACAGACCAAAGCCAGCCCUCCCUCCUGCCCGUGACAAACAUCAAAGGCAAAUCCAGGGGCAUCCCAGGGAAAGCGAUUUCCUACGCCAAGUGGCCGAAGACGCCAGACAGGUCUCAGAGCUUCGGCAGCCCCAAUGCCAGCCCCUCUUCCCCCUUCACCCACAGCAAAGCCAAGGACAUCUCCAACCUCUCGCUGGGGCAGCCCCGGCAGCAGCGCAGCAUCAAGCAGCCGCUGAGGCAGUGGCCCCGUGCGGAGGAGCCCAGCCCGGGCGGAUCAAGCCCAGUGCUGCUCUCCAUCCGGAUCCUGGAGAUCAAUAUGGCCAUUGAGUCCCAGCACUGUGCGGCUGCUGACACGUGCAGGACUGGAAACUUCACCUACCGCAUCCCCGUCAGCCAGCUCACAGCAGUGAACACCAACCUGACCCUGGAGAUGAACUCCUCCUCUGCUGUGUCCAUCUCCCUUUGUGGCCUUGUCUCCAGUGACCCCUGCCAGGAUGCUGCGAGCAGGAACAGCUCCACCGAUGCCACAGGCGCACAGGAAACCACGCAUCGUUGGCCUCUCGUGAUGAUGUCUUUCCGGGAGUUCACCUACCACUUCAGGGUAGCACAGCCUGGCCAAGCCAACUGCAGCACUGCUCCUGAGCAGAUGGGCCACCUUUUCACUGACUAUUACCUUCAGUUUUACUGGCUCUGUGAGUGAGUCCUGGCAGCACCAGUGCCCUCUGCUUGGAGAGAGGAAGGGGGACUGGUGACACUGGGGAAGACUCCUGUAUGCCCUCCUCUGCUAGCCCCCAGCCCCACAUCACCCCCAGCUCCUGCGUGGGGCUGGUUUGGCUGUGACUGGUGCCACAGGCACCGAAGCACAUGCAGAACAUGGGACCUAAGCUGCAGAAACACAACCAGCCCCUUGGUAUCUCCUGGGCUCACCUCACCCUGACUUCCACCAUCCCAAACCUGUGUCCCCAUCCCUUAUUGGGAUGCUUGUGUCCUCCAUCGCUUCUCCUUCCCCUUGCAACACUGGAUUUGAAAGCAUUACACUGGACAGGUCUGCCCACGGAUGGGAGCUCCAUCCUGUGCUGGCCCUGAUGUACCACGUUGCUUCUUCACAACACUGGAAUUGCUCAACACUGGAGCCCUUUCCAAGAGCACAACGCUGGAGUUUGGCUUGGAAAGGCAGGCUGUGCCUGGACUUACUGGAAGUCAUACACUGGAGUUGCUGUUCCUUCUGGUUGGCCCAGGGCCACCCCUCCGUAGCCCCCUGCCCCCUGGACCUGGAAUGGACUCUCUAUGGACAAUGAGAGAAGGUGCAGCUUCAUCUUUAGCCCCUUCUGUCCCCCUCCUUGCUGGACUCUUUCACCCUACCCAGGUCUGGCUGGAUGAACCCCACUAAAGCUGCUGCUGAGGCUGUGCCCAGGCCAGACCAUGCGUGAGGACACUUCCCAUCAAUGACCCUGAGUCACCUGCAUUAAAUGUGGUGGGACCCCUUCUUAUUGUCAUUUGGCAGCAGUGUGUGGCCUCUUGCAGUGCGUGGAGCUGCCAGGUCGACCCAGCCACCCAGAUGAUGUGCAUUAAGAGACCCCUGGCAAAGCCUGGUAACACCAUGCAGAGCAAGGGUGAGUCCCUGGGGACGUGUGAGGUGGCUUCACUGGCUACCAGCUCCUUGCCAGGCACUGAAGAGGCUGAUUGUCACCCCCAAAGGGGUAAUGGCAGUGACUGUAUGUCCUCGCUCUCACUGUUGGCUGAAAGCAGACAAGUGUAUUUUGGGUAUUUUACUGUUACAAGUUCUUAACUUGCUAAACUACUGAAUUAGUUUGGGUUUAAACUGUAUAAAAAUGGGUCUUUUACUUCUGUCUCUGUUGAGCUACGUGUGUCCUGCAUAGAAAACCAAAGGGGGCCGCUGCAGUGCUCCAUGUUAAAGCUACAGCAGUGCUGGGAUGCAGCAGACCAACCGACCAGUGCCUGUGUCCUCCUCUCGUCCUGCUCCUGCACCUCUUGCUAAGGAGACAUCUGAGUUCCUGGAGGAUGAGCUUGUUUGCCAAAGGAAAGCUCAGCCACUGCUGGGGACAGGCAGCGAGGGGGGAAUGUCACUCACCCAUCCUGAAGCUCACUCUAAGCUGGCUUCAGAGAAGAGCACAUCCUGCCCUUUGCAGCCCUGCCACUGGACAUCACUUGAACCAAACUGGUUUGGGGAAUCACCAUCAGGCUCUGGCUGCUGCGUUUGGUUGCCUUCAGUGGAGAUGGACACAGCAAUCCCUCCUUCCCUUCACCAGCACUGAGGAGGACAUGGAUGGCUCUGCUGCUCUGGAGAAACAAGCUGCAAAGACUCUGCACAUCCUCCCCUUCCAAGUCCAGGAGCAGUUUUCAUCUCCUGUCACGCAUCUUGGAGCUUCUUUCCAAGCAUGUCCCAGGAAAGCAGCCGUAGCCCUGCAAUUCCUUGCGACAGCACCACCAGUAGGUGUCUCUGCCACCAUAGGCUCGCUAUUUGCAGCUCAGGGCUGCAUUCCCACAGGCACCAAGCACAACUAUACACUGGUUAUGCUCUCCAGUUACUAAAAUCCAUGGAAACCUGAGCAGGCUGGAUCCAGUGGGUGAGCAGGGAAUGCUGGGCAGCCAAGCAGGAGCAGAGCUAAGGGACUACUUGAUUUUGGGAAGCUCAGGGGCAACACAAGAGACCCCAAAGGUGGGAGCAGCUAUGAACGAGCAGCUCAGCUCCAUGGAAUCCCAGAGUGGUUUGUAUUGGAAGGGACCUUAAAGCUCAUCCAGCUCCAACCCCUGCCACAGGCAGGGACCCCUUCCCCUGGAGCAGCUUGCUCCAAGCCCCUGUGUCCAACCUGGCCUUGAACACUGCCAGGGAUGGGGCAGCCACAGCUUCUCUGGGCACCCCGUGCCAUGCUCAGCAGGAUUCUGUAUUUCUCCCAGUGAGCAGGAAGCACACCCCAUGGUGUAGCUCUGAAGAAGCCACACAGAACCCUUCCCUCCAUCCACCCUCCUUCUGCUUGGCCUUAAACUGGGAAGUUACUUUCUUGGCAGCUUUUAUUCUCCACUUGGCAAUCAGUGGCCCAGUCUGACAUGUCCUUAGUGGUGGGUGACACCAUGUGCUCUUUGAAUUCUGCCAAUCUUAGGGGUAACCAUCUCAGACCUGCUGUUUCCCCCUGUAUUGUCAAGCUGAGUCAGAUGCCCAUGUGCUCAUUCAGUCCCUGAAGAGGUGAUGGGGGGUGUUGUGAUGGCUAGGGCUGAAAGCACUGCCUGUGAUCACCCCCUUACUGGUGUUCCUGGCUGAGGAAGAGCCAUGAGUGCAGCUCCAAAGCCACUCCUGAAGGGAAGGAACCAAUCACUAGAUAAGUGCUACCAGCAGUGGCCCAAGAGAAGAUGGAGUCUCUCAGGUAUCUCUGUGAUGCUGAACCAUGGGUUUCAUGAGGGCUCCCAGCAACCCAAGUGCCUAAGGGCUAUGGAAACAUCUCUAGUGCCUUUUUUUCUGAUGCCAGGACAGCACAAGGGAACAGAGGUUCCCCACAUGUACAUAAACCACUGAGUGCCUCAAAAGCAGGGGUAAAGAGCUUAAAAACUGAGACUAAGGCAACACCUGAAGUGCCAAGGCUGGUCCUACCCACAUACAGCUGUGUCACAGCAGAGCAGCACCGGGCUGAAGCAAUCCAUGGUGCCAGGAGAGGGAUCCAGGAUGCAGGGUUUAGUGUCUUGUAUCUUGUCUUCAAGUGUAUCACAAAGUGUCUGGCAGCUGCUGCAGAGCAAAGCAGAAAUGAGCUCCAAAGGGGUUUGUAAUUACUGAAGUUCACAGGAUUGCUUCAAAGCCCAAGGAAACAACUAUACAGAGUCCCCCCAAAAGUGUCUGUGCCCUAACAGAUGUGUUCCCCAUCCCCAAUCAGUAAUAAGAGAGUUCACAAUCAGGCCUUGCCCUGCACAAGAGGAGGGAGCUCUGAGCUGCUGCCUCCAGCCCUCCAGCUUAGGGAAAAGCCCUCUCUUCCCGCUGGAAACACUUCAUCCCUCCAGACAUCCUCAGCAGGAAGGAAAACAAGGUGGAAAUGAGGCCACUUGCCAAAGUUUGGCUGUUUCGGAGUUUGUUUCAAAAGCAAAUUCACAAACAUUCUGUCCCACUGAUGGAGCUUAAAAGCCUGUAAAUAGAGACUCUGCCACCACUGCACGAAUUAAGGAAGAAAACAAGUAAAGCACUAAUUUGUUUGGUUUUAAAUGUUGCUGUCACAGCUUUAAUCACUGUAUAUUGCCAGCAAGUUUGUAGGGUUGCAUUCUUUAGCAGGUAUUAUCAUGCUCAGUUUUUAUUUGUGGGGAACAAAGGUGGUUUCCCUCCUUUCUUUCUGAUUUGUAUUUAUAUUUUGCUGAAUUUGAGUGCUGAAUCUCUGGAUUCCCCACUCUUUUUUUUUUUGUUGUUGUUUGGCUUAUUUAGACUUUGGUUUAUGCUGGAGGUAAAAAUACCCAUAUAAAUAAAUAUAUAAAUACUGCUUUGUA